AUGAAAAGUGACAUUCAUAAGAAAAUAGAUAUUACCCAAAACAAAAAAUUUGCAUCAGACAUGUAUUGUUUUUCCUCUAUAAUAACAUCAUUUUUAAAAGACCUUCCAUCUCCAAUUUUUUCAUAUUCAGAUAGAAAUAUGUUUUUAUCAGCUAUUUCCCAAUUUAAAGAAAUUAAUGAUUUACCUAAAACUGUUACUGCAUUAGCAUUAGCAAUUCGAAGAAUUGAUCCAAUUAAACGAAGGUAUUUAAUAUUUAUGCUAAAUCUAUAUUAUUCUAUUACUCAACAAAAAGAAAUCAAUAAAAUGGAUUUCAGUUUGUUACUUUCCUUUUUUAUGAUUUUGUAA